UAACAGGAAGUUGUCAGUUGUCACGCCGAAAAAAUAUUCGCAAUCUGCACCCGAGUCUCACCUGCCAAGAAGACCACCUACACAUUUCUUCUAACUAGUCUAAGGCGAUAAAACAGACUAUUUCUCCGUAGAAACUGUCACAUUUUUCUGGUAUAAAUGAGUGAAAAUCAGGAGAAAAAUGUACUCCAUCGCACCCUCAGUAUGGAUGAAGCCCGUGAUUCUAUCAAAGCAGUUGGUUCUGCAGUUUUCUACGGCACUUGUUCAGUUUCCAUGGCAUUUAUCAACAAAGCUUUGAUGACAAGUUUCAAGUUCGACUAUCCUGUUUUCAUCAUGGUGGUGCAGAUGGUAUUUACCAUUUUUAUAUUAGAAUUAUUGAGCUGUUUACAACUCAUUCAACUGCCAAAAUACACACUUAGUCGAGGAAAAUCAUUUGCAUUACCAGCGUUGUUCUAUGCACUGAAUUCUGUACUUGGUUUAACUGCUUUGAGUCAUAUGAAUGUAGCGAUGUAUGGUGUACUUAAGAGAUGUGUUCCUCUGGUUACCAUGUUCUUGUCAGUUGUAAUACUCAAACAGGGAUUUCCAUCGAAGAAAACUAUUGCCAGUGUUAUAUGUCUGACUUCUGGAUGUAUUGUAGCAGGAUAUGGUGAUUUACAAUUCAAUUUAGCAGCUUAUACGUGUGGAGGUCUAAGUAAUCUGACCCAGUCAUUAUAUCUUCUCCUUGUCCAGAGGUAUAUAGCAAAAGACAUAACUACAGUGGAAACGCUACAACUAAACAGUUUUAAUACUCUACCAUUCCUCCUGUUAUACUCAAUAAUAAAUAACGAAAUCGUGGAAGCAGUACAUUAUGAAAGAUUGGGAAAUCCACUAUUUUUGUUCGUUUUCUUUGCAGCAGUCUCUAUGGGAUGUUUGUUAAACUAUUCAUUAUUUCUAUGUACUAGCAUGACAUCAGCUCUGACAACGAGUGUUGUUGGUGGCAUCAAGGCAAUGUUACAGACAUUGUUUGGUUUGUUUACAUUUGGUGGCAUCAGCCACAACAUGGCCACAUAUGUUGGCAUUGGUAUGAACCUGAGUGGUGGCUUAUAUUAUAUAUUUUCAAAAUUCUCAGAAGGAAAAUCAAAACACAGAUCUGAAGAAAGUUUAAAGAAAGUUAUAAGUAUAUCUACAGCAGAAGAUUUUAAAAAGUAUGCCAAUGGAUCACUAAAAACUUCUGCAAGUACCAGUAAAUUAAAACCUAUACCAGAACAGACUGAUAGUCAAGAAAAAGUGUAAAUUCAAACCUUAAUUAAUAUAUAAGAUCAUGAAAUAACUAUUUAUAUACUGUGGAUUCAUUUUUAUUUGUUGGAUAUCAAUUUUCAUUGUUUUCGUGGUUACAGAUGAACCAAGAAAUCAAAUCUUCAACAAAUCACACAUUUUCUAAGGGCUUUGUAUGCAUAGAUUUUCUAAACCACGAAAUUAAAUACCAACAAAAAUGCAAGUUUUCCUUUAUCCACGACAAUUGAUACCCACAAAAAUAAAUGAAUCCACAGUAAGUAUGAAGCAAAAUAUUAGUUUAUAGUUUUCAUAUACAAGUAGACUUGCAAAUUCUGUCUUUAGCUAUACUGUGAUAUAGCAUUUUUUGCUGAUGCAACAUAAAGCAAUCACCAAUCAAUCAAUCAUGGUUAUUUAACUCACCAGGCCCAAAAGGCCCACACUGGGAGCAAUCACCUGCAUCAAUUGUCCAUCCAUGGCCAGUAAUUGACCACCACUGAAACAGCUUAACCAAUACUGUUUAGAAAAUCCUUUUGAUCUGUUAAGUAAGUUUUCAAAUUCUGUGUCUAAAAAUAGGUCUUCAUAUUUUUUUCCAAUUAUCAUAUAAGAUUUGCAAAUUGUGAAGGCCCUACAAAAUUCAUAGUUUUAAUGAAUCCUGGGCUUAAAAACAUGAAAUCCAAAGGUCACGAAUUGGAAAAAAGAAUUCCUUGAUCCUGAAAGGGUCAAUCCCGAAAUCCCAAGCUUAAAAACACCCGAUUCCGGAGUCCUGAUAAAUAUCCUUUCCCCCCUCUUUAGUGAAGAUCUACAUUUUUUGUGAUAUAAUUAUAAUAUUGAAUCCAUGAUAUUGAAUCCAUAAUAUUGAAUCCAUAAUAUUGAAUCCAUAAUAUUGAAUCCAUUAUAUUGAAUCUCCUCAUUGUUUUGUGUUAGGGAUUUAAACAUCUACUAUUUGUUUGAUUUAUUUAUGCUAUACUAUUUUUAUUUAUUUUAUUUGUAUCUCAAUAAGUUCAUUGUACCUGUACUUUGUUCAGUUGGAUUAUAAGGAAUAACUUAUUAUACUUUUACUUUCAUUUUGUUUGAUUAUCAAUAACUUCAUUGUACAUUUCAACUCGACCUAUUCACUGAAGGAAAGAAUUAGAGCCAUCAUUGCCUUAGGGUUUAUUGGACGAGUCUAGCAAAUUUGAUUCGCUACGAAAUUGACCAAUAAUGUAUACUGACAACUAUAAUAUAUAAAGAAACUUGCACAUUUUAAGACAUGAUACAAAUGUGUUCUAAAAUGGAUGUACUACAAUACUAUGCAUAUUAUAUUUUUAUUAUACAUAUUUUUUUCUUUUGGGACACAUUUUAUGUAUUCAGUAUAUAUACUAUUGCCAGGUCUAUGCAGCACAUAAUUCAAAAUAUGACAUUUUAUUGUAAUUUCCGAAGAUGUAAAAAAAAGAAUCUGAGUGAAAGUUUUGAUCGUUAGAAAGAGAAUUACAAAAUUUUAUUUUUAUAUGUUGAUUUAUCAAAUAUUUACUGAUAUUUUUUUUAUAAUCUUUUGAAAAUUCAAAUCAUUUAUAUAGUGGAGACAAAUUACUAUUGUAUUCAAAAGAUCCAUAAUUAAUCAUGGUAAUGUGAUAAAAUUUGGUUAAAUUAUUGAAAACUGAUGGAGGCUACUCUGAUGCCUCGUGAGUGUGUAAUCAUAAUCUUGAAAAAAUGAACAGAUAUCUUUCUUUUCCUUGAGAAUUCAGAGGGAAUAGUAAUGUGAAAAAUUUCUUGUUUGAGUUCCUGUCAAUAUGAUACAUAGAAUGAUGCAUUGGUCUCAUCAUCAUUUAGACUGAAAGCUGACUGUGGGAUUUCGGCUGUGAGUAGCAAUAUAUGAACACAAUAAGGAGGGAGGGUAGGAGGGGUCCUGAUCCCGAAAUCCUGAGCUUAAAAGCACGAAAUCCCAGUCUUGAAAACACGAAAUCCUGAGGUCACGAAAUUCGAAAAAAAAAGACUUCCCGGAUCCCGAAAGGGUCAAUCCUGAAAUCCUGAGCUUAAAAACACCCCAUCCUGUAGUCCCGAUAAAGGUCAUAUCCUCCCUCAAUAAGGGUCCAGUUUAAUCCUACAUUUGUACCUCACAAUCUUUUCAUUCAUAUAUAGUUUUUUUUUAGCUUUUAAUGGAAUACCUGAAGCUGAAAAAAAUCUAAACUUUACAAGAUACUAUUCAUAUGAGACAUGCCACUGGACGUUAAGCAACCAACAAUCAUUCAUAUGAGACAUUGAUGCAAUAAUUUUUACACUGUUUUGUACAGUUUUGUUUAAAUUUAUGUUAAAUUAUUUGUCUUAAUGUGUUGAUGGUGAAAGUUUAUGAAUAUGAAAUUUAUUUUUGGUAGACAAAAAAUAAACCAUCUUCACUUAUACCAAUGUGAAUAUUUGAAAUACAGAAUAGUUAAUUUGUGUAUUUUUAAAACAACUGUUGAAUAGCAAUGUGUGUACCAAUUUCAACAACACUUUAUAAAAAUAAUUGGCUCGGUAGUGUCAGGAAAAGAUUAUUGUUGAAGUGAACUUUUAAAAGUUAACAAAUAAACCUCUUUACAGAUGUGCAUCUUUAAAUUUCUGAUUCGGUUGCUUUCCAUAGUUCUUACAAGUUUUCAAUUUUAUUGCAAUAAUACAUGCCAUUCAAAUAACAUAAGCAGCCAAAACAUUUAUUCCCUUGAAGACUCACAUCUUGGACUUUUUCUGAGAUGUUGAUUAUAUUAUUACUGAGUUGCUAAUGCCAUGUUAAAACUAAAUGCUUGUAAUUGAUGAAUAAUGAGUAUGCCAUUUCAGAAUUUUAAGUGGGUUAAGUGUUCUUAUGUUAUUUUCUUCUUGAAUAAGCAUUGUUAUUUAUAAUGUUGAAGAGAUGUUUUAUUUAAUGUGUUUGUUAUCCUGUUUUGUGAUAAAUUAUUAUGUUUUAUAACAUUUUUUACGCUAUAUUUGAUUGGUUAAAACAAAUAAAA